GUGUGCUGCAAAGACAUCACACAUACCGGACUCUCCCUCUCUCCUCCGCUCGCCGUAUCCCCGCGCCCCCCCGAAUAAAAGCACAAGCGGCGAAGGAAGAGGGCAGACAGAAAUGGCGGCGGAGACGUUCCUCUUCACCUCCGAGUCCGUGAACGAGGGUCACCCGGACAAGCUGUGCGACCAGGUGUCGGACGCCGUGCUGGACGCGUGCCUCGCGCAGGACCCCGAGAGCAAGGUCGCCUGCGAGACGUGCACCAAGACCAACAUGGUGAUGGUGUUCGGCGAGAUCACCACCAAGGCCACCGUGGACUACGAGAAGAUCGUCCGCGACACCUGCCGGAACAUCGGGUUCGUCUCCGACGACGUCGGGCUCGAUGCCGACCGGUGCAAGGUGCUCGUCAACAUCGAGCAGCAGUCGCCCGACAUCGCUCAGGGCGUGCACGGCCACUUCACCAAGCGCCCCGAGGAGAUCGGCGCCGGCGACCAGGGCCACAUGUUCGGCUACGCCACCGACGAGACCCCCGAGCUGAUGCCGCUCAGCCACGUCCUCGCCACCAAGCUCGGCGCCCGCCUCACCGAGGUCCGCAAGAACGGCACCUGUGCGUGGCUCAGGCCCGACGGCAAGACCCAGGUCACCGUCGAGUACCUCAACGAGGGCGGCGCCAGGGUCCCCGUCCGCGUCCACACCGUCCUCAUCUCCACCCAGCACGACGAGACCGUCACCAACGACGAGAUCGCCGCCGACCUCAAGGAGCACGUCAUCAAGCCGGUCAUCCCGGAGAAGUACCUCGACGAGAAGACCAUCUUCCACCUCAACCCCUCCGGCCGCUUCGUCAUCGGCGGGCCCCACGGCGACGCCGGCCUCACCGGCCGCAAGAUCAUCAUCGACACCUACGGCGGCUGGGGAGCCCACGGCGGCGGCGCCUUCUCCGGCAAGGACCCGACCAAGGUCGACCGCAGCGGCGCCUACAUCGCCAGGCAGGCGGCCAAGAGCAUCGUCGCCAGCGGCCUCGCCCGCCGCUGCAUCGUGCAGGUGUCCUACGCCAUUGGCGUGCCCGAGCCGCUCUCCGUGUUCGUCGACUCCUACGGCACCGGCAAGAUCCCCGACAAGGAGAUCCUCAACAUCGUGAAGGAGAACUUCGACUUCAGGCCGGGGAUGAUGACCAUCAACCUCGACCUCAAGAGGGGCGGCAACCGGUUCAUCAAGACCGCCGCCUACGGCCAUUUCGGCCGCGAGGACCCUGACUUCACCUGGGAGGUUGUCAAGCCCCUCAAGUAUGACAAGGCGUCUGCUUGAGGAAGAAGAAGAUGAGGACGACAUGAGGGGUCUUUCACCUCGCUAUCUACCUUCAUUGCCGCCGCCGCUGCUGCCUACCUGAUGUGUCUUUGAUGAGUAGUGACUGGUUGCUUCCAUGGAUGAAGACGAAGAGGAAGAAAGGGUUCAAUCGGCGUAUCGUCGUCGUUGCUAGUGAUUGGUGUAGCAGCCAGAAAAUUUUAGUCUUUGGAUAUCUUCGGCGUUUUUAUCUCUUUUUUUCUUUUUGGGUUUGAGUCAAAGCUGAAACUGCAAGAGAGCUUCUGCAGUUUUGCUCUAUCAGUUUGUCCCCAUUUUUUUUCAGGUUUUGUGUAACCGCAUCUGUAAUACUGUCUUUCAGUGAAAGAACCAUAUGUGAUACCGGCAUCAUAGUUCAUCAUC